AUGGGCUCUAUCCCAAGCGAGAUACCUCGCGAGGUUGACAUAUCUAUUGCCUUGACCGCGUGCGACCUUCCAAGCGUGAAUCAACAUAUGAAGAACAUUGCCAAUCUUACCAGCGCAGUUGCUGAAGGUAAUGCCACUGCACGUCUGAGCAUGCUUCAGAGCGCUCGUCUGUUGAUGCAUGCACUGGAGACACCACGGGAGACCAUGAUCAAGCACUGCUGGGCGCAACCAGCCGCUUUCACAGCUCUUACAUAUGCAGUUGACUUGGGUCUCUUUGCUCGGUUAUCGCAGCGCCAAAAGUCUCAAGACGUGUCUGAUCUAGCUCUGACACUAGGACACGAUCCUGCUUUAUUGGGUGUGUCAUCUCCUGCAGGACGAUACUAG